ACGGUCAUGGCAUUCAGCCUUGCUGGCAGUCUUGCUGGAGCCAUGGUUCUAUUCCUGAUUGCUGUUUUCUUCUGGCGUCGCUCACUGGUCCAACCGCACCUCGCUCCGCCUGAUCUUCUUUAUCUCUCUAAUGGACAGCGUCCUCGGCUUCGUGCAAAUAAAGGACCUGGUGAGGGGAAAUAACACCGGCUGCCGCGUGUUCUACUUCUUCAACGGGUUCAUCACAUACACGAGCAUCUACACGUCCACGUGUAUUGCGGCCAACCUGACACAUCAUGUUUUUGCGGCCCAAGCUGAAGAUCCCGAGCAGGUACUUGGAGAUUCUCUACUUUGCAGUCCCAGUCAUGGCCGCCCUCAUUCAGUUUGCAACUCUAACAGGCAUCGCGGGAAGCGGGGGAUACUGCUCGGCCUUUGAGCCCUACCAGCCCGGGACUAAAAGCUUCACUGUGUUUGUGGUGUGCGCCUACUUGCUCCUCCCAGGACUCUGCCUCUUAUACAACCUUGUUACCGUUACUCGCGUCGUUCUGCUGCUCUUGAGGAAGCAGAGUGAAAUCAGCAAGACGCUGAGCAAGAUUUCGGCCGAGAGCCAGGCGCUCCUGUCGAACGGCAGGGACGAUGGAAAGGGCCGCGCCAAGAUGCGCCACGAGGAGCAGCGGCUCAAGGCUGCCCGCAAUGUGUACAACGCCGCCAUCCGCAUUCGCCCUGUACCCAAUUGCACCGCUGGCAUGGUUCUGCUUCAACAUCGCGUACUACCACAUCCAGUACCACCUCACCAUGACAUUCAAGAGCGACAUCUCAAAGUUUGUCACGAUGCAGCAGAUGGCGUGGUUCUCGCAGGCGACUAUCGUGUUUGCCAACUUUGUGGUCUUUGUCAGCGAUCCCUCGGUUGCCCGCGUUCAUCAGGGAAGUAGCCAAGGCACUGGCCACCAGGUUCCCGCGCCUGGCCCGUCGCAAUGAUGCUAGGGUCGGUCCUAACCAGACCAUCGACUCUGAUUCAUCGCACAACCAGAGCGUGAACGCUCCAGACACUGCACACCUAUGGAUACCCACGAGUCCAGCUACCAUUUGUC